AUCCAACUUAGAAUCCAGCUUUACUCCAACGUUGUACACCAGAUAACCUGUAACCACGAUGUCGAAGUCCGGCCACGUUACCGCAAAGAUCAACGGCAUAAUCAUUGCCGCCUCUGAAAAGUACGAGGUCGUUGAGUCGAACAUAUACUUUCCGCCGGAGAGCCUGAAAACCGCCCACUUCACGGAGACUAAAACCACCACGUUUUGUCCCUGGAAAGGGAUAGCGUCAUACUACACUAUCAAGGUCGGAGACGAAGUGUUGGAAGAUGCCGCUUGGUACUAUCCCGAUCCGAAAGAGAAGGCGCUGAGUAUCAAAGGAUAUGUCGCUUUCUACAAAUCGAAGGUAGAAAUUGAUGGCGCAUAGAGGGCCCAAGAUGGGAGGCGGUUCAUAAAGGAGGAAGUAAGGAAAAGCAAAAAGUAUCUGAAAUAGAAGCCAUACUAAAGCGGCAGCAGGGCAAGCAUAGAUUGCCGGCCAUGGAUCAGACUAGGAGACCACAUAGUGAAGUAGAUGAAAGAAAUCGUUGAACCC